UACAAAGUGCAAUCUCUGUUCCCGCAGUAUCGUCGUCCUUACAGACUGAUCCCUCUUUAUCUGGAAAGCCUACCGCUCUGGCUUACACUUUGUGUUCAUCUUAGUUGGGUUCUCACCCUUUUUUUAAUGUCUGUUGUUGAUACACUACAAAGCUCAUCUUGUACACAAAGUGUUCGAUAAAAUGCCUAGCUGAAACUCGAGCUAUAAAACUUGCAUAUAGCUGUGGUUUAUUUCUCACUCUCUAUUCUUCGAGACUUAAAUUUUUAUUUCAGAUAGCGAUUUUAUGAACAUAAUUACCGUUUCAUCGCAUUCAUUUCGGUUUUAAUCAUAACAGUUUUGGGUUUUGUCUCAACGUAGUGAUUUGAGUUUGAUGUGUUCUUUAUUUCUAGCUGCUGAGAAAACAAGUGAAGGAAAUAUGAGUAUGUUACGGAACAUGAUGAUGCCUUGGAAAAGAAGCAAUCAUAAUGUAGUUGGAUUGUUUAUAAGGCAUUUCGCAACGAAACCUAAACCCAAGAUGAAACCGAUCGAGCUGAACACACCACCGGAGCAAACCCAGACGAUCACCCGAGUUAUCUUUGAUAUUUUGAAGGAUCAUGGACCUCUCACCAUUGCUGAAACUUGGGACCGUGUCAAGGAAGUGGGAUUAAGAGGGCUAACGAGCAAGCGUCACAUGAAGAUCAUUUUAAGGUGGAUGAGAGAGAGACAGAAGCUGAAGCUGAUAUGUAACCAUGUUGGUCCUCACAAGCAAUUCUUGUACACUACUUGGUUCACUAAACACAACCCUUCUAAAUUCCCCAAGUCGCAGGAAAAAUCAUCCGGCCACCCUAAACUUCCCUAAGCCGACAAUGUUAUUUUGUAAGGCUUUGCUUCUUGAAUCUUUGUUUUACUGUAAAAAUCUGUUUUGACAAGUAUAUCUCAAUGUUUCUGCUUCUAAUCCAUCGUCCAUUACAUUUGGACCAACAUUUAUAUACAACUUUUUAGUCCA